GGCGCGGGCAGCCCGCGGCAGGUCCUAGCGGGCGCGGCUAUAGGCGGCGGUCGCGGACCUCCCUCCCUCUUUUCUCGCUCGGCAGCUGCAGGAGAGGAUGGGGAAGUGCCGAGGCCUCCGCACGGCUCGGAAGCUGCGCAGCCACCGCCGCGACCAGAAGUGGCACGACAAGCAAUACAAGAAGGCGCACCUGGGCACGGCAUUGAAGGCCAACCCCUUCGGCGGCGCCUCCCACGCUAAGGGCAUCGUCCUGGAGAAAGUUGGAGUAGAAGCCAAGCAGCCCAACUCUGCCAUCAGGAAAUGUGUCAGGGUCCAGCUGAUUAAGAACGGCAAAAAAAUCACAGCCUUUGUCCCCAAUGAUGGCUGCCUGAACUUCAUUGAGGAGAACGAUGAGGUGCUGGUGGCUGGGUUCGGACGCAAGGGCCAUGCCGUUGGGGACAUCCCAGGGGUCCGCUUCAAGGUGGUCAAGGUGGCCAAUGUGUCCCUGCUGGCGUUGUACAAGGGCAAGAAGGAGAGACCAAGAUCAUAAACCCAUGUCUUGACAAGAUGGUCAAUAAAAAAUCCUUUGUUCUGAA